AUGGACUUCCAGCACAGAGCUCGCCCUUACCCCAUCCCGGAGGAUGAAGCGGUCGCGCACAAGGUCGCUCCCAAUGCCCACAACUCGGCAGGAAACGAAGGCGAAAAACCCGUGUCAAAAUUACAACGUAGGCACAGUGACAUAAAACUCUACAAAGAGUUUUGUGACUUCUAUGCAAAAUUCAACAUGGCGAACGCACUUGCAAAUGCCAUCUGCGAGCGCUGCAGAGGCGGCUUUGCCCCUGCCGAGAAAAUCGUCAACAGCAACGGUGAGCUGUACCACGAGCAGUGCUUCGUCUGCGCCCAGUGCUUUCAGCAGUUCCCCGAAGGGCUCUUCUACGAGUUUGAAGGGAGGAAGUACUGCGAACAUGAUUUUCAAAUGCUUUUUGCCCCUUGCUGCCAUCAGUGUGGUAAGUUUUACAUCCAGGUCUUUGUCAUCCGCUUGGCCUCUUGUGACCCACCCGUGCUGUCCUACUCCACGGGCGCGGGGACAGUCUUUAUCAUCUGGUGUUAUAAUCCGCUGAUGGGUGACCUGGUCCCCCUUCAUAUUUUUGAAACAAGUACCUUUAAGGCCUUAGUGUCUGAUAUCAACCCCAUGUAA